AUGGCGAUGGCGACAGUGCGGCGCCGUGCGGUGUAUGCCCUGGCGGUGCUUGCGCUGCUGUGCGGCUGCUGCUCCUCCGUGUGCGGGGCGGCGACGUCCAAUGUGAAGGUGGAUGUGUUGUGUCCGAGCAAUGAAAAAAAAGUACGUUUGCGUGUUUCUGGCCAGGGUUCUUCUGAUUGGACGGAGUGUUUGCAGGCGGUGAAUUAUGAUGGGUCCCAUACUGCUGAGACGGCCAGUGCAGGCAGCAGUGGCGGGGACCCCAUUUGUCUUCUUGCCGAUUCAUGGUGUUUAUCCUUCUUGGAGAAGAAUUCUCCUUCACCCACAGAAGGGCAGAGCAGUAAUGAUGCUACGUUCACGAUGGACUGUACGACGGAUGGUGACAGUAAAUCUCCCGAGAUGUCGAAGGGUCAACCCGUCACUACGACUCGAACUGGUGUCGAUUUACUUGGUACUUCAGGCAGGUGUAUGGUACUACCACCCCAUCAGUCUGUAACUGGAGCAAUGCCUGGACAACACACUCCGGUGGCCCAACCAUCGCCAUCGCCAUCACAAGCAGCAGCAACGCCAUCUUCUGUGGAAACUCAGCAAGGCGUCAGUUCGGCAGGCAGCAGUGCAGGUACUGGAGUCUCUGCUCCUAAUGAUGCUGGGCAGUCGGGCAGUGCGGGACCCACAGGGAGUCAGGGAACAUUAACAUCACCGACUGGCGCUGCGGAUUCAUCAAAAGCCACAGGAGACGGUGCGGCGCAAGCACCCUCAGCCUCUGCACAGCCAUCCGGCACCUCCACUCCUGACACUCCCGCUGGCAGCGAUGGUGGAAGCGCCACUACAACCACGACCAGCAGCAGCCCCAGUGGUGGGAAACACACAAAAGGCAACGCGGAUGGCAGCGGCACGCUCACUGUGUGGGUGCGUGGCACGCUGCUGCUGCUGCUGACGGCUGCUGUUGCCUGUGCUGCUGGGGAGUGA